GGGUGGUAGCCAUGGAGGUGAGAAAGUCUAUGAUCGCAGUGAGCUUCAUAGCAGCGUUCCUCUUCCUGCUGGUUGUGCGCCUUGUAAAUGAAGUGAAUUUCCCACUGCUGCUAAACUGCUUUGGACAGCCUGGCACAAAAUGGAUACCAUUCUCCUACACAUAUAGGCGGCCCCUUCGAACUCACUAUGGAUACAUAAAUGUGAGGACACAAGAGCCUCUGCAGCUGGACUGUAACCUUUGCGCCAUAGUGUCAAACUCAGGUCAGAUGGUUGGCCAGAAGGUGGGGAAUGAGAUAGAUCAGUCGUCCUGCAUCUGGAGAAUGAACAAUGCCCCCACCAAGGGCUAUGAAGAAGAUGUUGGCCGCAUGACAAUGAUUAGAGUCGUGUCCCAUACCAGCGUUCCUCUUUUGCUAAAAAACCCUGAUUAUUUUUUCAAGGAAGCAAAUGCUACUAUUUAUGUCAUUUGGGGCCCUUUCCGCAAUAUGAGGAAAGACGGCAAUGGCAUCGUUUACAACAUGCUGAAAAAGACUGUUGACAUCUACCCGAAUGCCCAAAUUUACGUGACCACCGAGAAGCGCAUGAGUUACUGUGAUGGCGUUUUUAAGAAGGAAACUGGGAAAGACAGGUGA